CAAAUAAAAAAGACAUUGUAUUAAUAAAUAAAAAAUUUAAAUUACUAAAAAUUAAAAAUGAUUUUCAAUGCUAUUACUAAACUCGGUUCAUUCAGCAAUGAUGCUAAAAACAACAACAAAAUAAACAAUUCUGACUCAUCUUCAUCAUCAUCAUCAUUUGGCAAUAAUGAAAACAGCAAAUUUGUAUGGAAAACAAGAUGGACUACAUAUAAAAGCUAUACUUUAUAUACCGGUCGUCAUGGCUACUGGAACUCUUAUUAAAUUUAAAAACUCUUUUGUAUUAUCAAUUAAAUUUUAAAACAAAUAAAAUAUGACUUUUUUGUUUUAUAUUUUUAU